AUGUCACCGUAGCAACCCAACCUCCUGUGAAGCCACAAUCAUCAGCAUCAUCUAGUGAUGAUGAUUUGUUUGCUGUCGAAUCAAAACCAACAAUUAAAAAGAAACCAGAAUCCACAAAGGUUGUCAGGGAGAAGAAGGCAGUUGGAGGUUUAUUUGACGAAGAUAAUGAUGAGAUGAUGAUUUGUUUAAUGAUCUGAAUAAGGAACCACCAAAAGCAGCAAAGAGCAAGCCACCAGUAGGGGGAGUAUCAUUGUUCGGAGAAAAUCAAGAAGAUUUUAAAAAAUCUUUAAAUAAAAAGUCAAAAAUGUCAAUAUUGGAUACAGAUAGUGAGCAAGAAUCUGAUACUAUACUUGAUCAGCCGAGUAAAAAAAGGAACAAAAUCAAAUCCAAGAAUAAUUUAAAACCUAAUUCCAACAAAACUGAGUUGAAAGCGAAUAAUUUGUUUCAUGCAAGCGACGACGAUGACGAUUUAUUUUCAACAAAAAUUGCAACGAAAAAAUCAACAAAAAAAUCAACUGAAAAUUCAAUAAAAUCUUCAACAAAAUCUGUGAAAAAAGUCAGUUUAUUUGGAGAUGAUGUUGAAAAUGAUGAUUUGUUUUCAACAAAAUCAACUUCUGUAAAAAGUAAAAAAACAAAAGGAUUAUUUUCUGAUGAUGACGAAGAUCAACAAUCAACAAUAAAUCAACCUCAACACAAUUCAGCGAAACAACAAACAAACAAUUUAUUUGAAAAUCAAGACGAUGUUGAUGAUUUAUUUUCAACAAAAUCAAAUCCUACGAAAUCAACAAAACCCAUCAACAAACUCCAAUCGGAUGAAGAUGACUUUAUGAAACCUCCAUCCAUCAAAUCAUCAUCAAUUUCAUCUAGAGAAAGCUCCAAGAAGAUGCGGAGCAAGGUGAAAAUGGGAUUAUUUGAUGAGAGUUCCGAUGAUGAUGGUUUAUUCACGGCUGCUCCAAAAACUAAACUUACUGAGAAACCUGUAUUGGAGAAGCCUUCACCCAAUAAAAAGAACAUCAAAACUGCAUCUGACAAAAGGAAGAGCAGUUUAUUUGAUGAUGAUGACGACGACGACCUGUUUGAUGAAAUAUCAGAUAAAUCUUCGAUUACAAAACAAGAAACAGAUGUUAGUCUUCAAGAAGAUGAACUUCUUCAAGAUAAAGAUCCUGUUCAAGAUGAUCCUCCAAAGAAGAAGCUAGCAGGAGCAGUUUCGAUGUUUGGAGCAGGAGGAGGAGAGUUGCUCGCUGCAAUUGGGAAGAGAAGAGCUGCCUCCCAUGUGUCCACAUCAUCCAACAGUAGUUUAAAAUCGGAUCCUCUCGAAUCCUCAUCAGGUCCAACCGUGGAUAAGGAAGAUGUUAAACCUACAACAAACAUGUCAGCAAAACCGUUUAACUUGACCCCAAGUAACUCAAAACCUGUUACUACAAAGGUCCAUCCACCUACAGUCAAAUCCAGCAAAACACAGCCAUCCAGUUUACCCACGUUAAACAUUGACCCAACUGCCUUGCUACCUGGGGCUGCCCCUAAACCGAGACCAGCCCCUGACACAAGCAAGCCGCUUGAAAGCGCGACGAAAACGAGGUCAAGAGGUCAAGCAGGUCGACGACCCCCAAGUCGCCAGGCACGCAGGAAAGUUGCCACACAAGUUGACUCAGCUGAUGGUUUUUUUGACGCAACAACAACAACAGCAACAACAACAACAACAACAACAAGUAGUAUUGAUCAACAAGCAAAACCAACAACAUCGAAAUCUAAACCUGAUGAUAAAGUGGAUGAUUUUCUUGAUGAUCUGUUGGGGAAUACCGUGACACCUAAGUCAUCUGUAAUCAAGAAAAAAGAAUCCAAAAAUUUAUUCGAUGAUGAUGAAGAUAUCUUCAAACCAACAUCCAGGACCUCUAAGAGCAAAGUUAAAGAUGUUGAUUUAUUUGCUGAUGAUGAUGAUUUGUUCGCAUCAACCAAAGAUCAACCUCCAACAUCAACAUCCGAUAAAAAAAAGAAAAAAACCCCCAAACAAGAUCUUGAUGAUUUAUUUGGAGAUGAUUUUGAUCCAGUGUUGCCCAAGAAAAAGGUUGAAUCCAAGCAAACAACAGUAACACACGAGGAUAAUUUAUUUGAUGACAACACUGAUAUUUUCGCUGAUCUUCCAAAACCUAAAAAGAAAGUUCCAAAAACGAAGAAAAGCAAAGCGCCAACAACAUCUUUAUUUGAUGAUGAUUUAGAUGACAUUUUUGCCCAACCUACUAAAUCAAGCAGUAAAAAAGUUUCCAAAAAAUCAACCAAACAAAGUGAGAAAAAUGGGAGCAAAGAUGGAGACUUGUUUGAUGAUCCAUUGAAUGCUUUACUUUCAUAAAAUAUAAUUUACUUCAAGCCAUAAAUUAUUUAUCAUGAUUAUUUUAUUUUUAACCACAUAUAUAUUCCACGUGUUCAAUAAUUUUAAAAUUGGAAACAACAAAAAUUGUAACGAAAUUUUACACAUAAACUAUAUAUUUUUUGUUAAAUUAUUUUUUGUACCAAAAUUUCAACAUAUUUUUAUUCUUGAUAUAUAGACAUAAAUAAGACAGAAACUUGAGUAUAGAAAAAAUUUGGAAAUUUUUUUUUUCUGAUUUGAGAUUAAUUUUCACAAAAAUAAAUAAAGUGCAAUAAUAAAAAUAUAUUUUCAUGAGUGUGUUUCAAAUAUUUUACGUUAAUUUGUUUCCUGUGUUCAUUAUUUCUGAUUAUUAUUAUUAAUAUAAACAUCAUUUUAACA